ACCCAAACGGAGAUCCUGUGUUGCCUUGGUUACUUGUUUUUCCCCCUUCUGGUUUUACUGCAUCCGUGCGUGUGUGUGGCUCUCGAAUGUUGACGAUGACGAUGUGCUGUGGCUUUGUGUAGUGUGUAGAGUUGUGAGUGAGUGCAUUUUUGUUUGAUGUUUUGUGAAGCUCUCUUUUGAGGUGAAGGGUGCUCGGGUCCCGAUGCACCGUGAAAGGCAACGGUCAAGCAACGAUCGGACACGAUGACGAUACAGCAGCAACAGCCAAACAACAGCGGUGACGCGCUGCAUCCAUCGUCACAGGGUCAACCGCAUCGUUAUCAUUUGCAUCAUGAUCCGGCGUACAACAUCACCACCGCCGAGGCCGAUCUCGAUUACACCAGUGACAACAGUGUAGCGGUACUGCAGCACCAUCAUCCCUCGGUGGUUCAUCAUCAUCCUCACGCCCAUCAGCAGCAGCAGCAGCCGCAGCAACACCACCAUCACUACAUGCCAUCGAGCUCCAGUUCCUGUGAUAAUACCAAACAACCGACCCGGCUGGGCCCGGGUGGCGGCAACUCGAGUGCGGGUGGUUCCUGCGACGAGAAUACGCCCAGCGUUUUGGAUGUUAAUCUUGACACGAAGAAGAUUUCACUUGCCCACAAUGGCUCAAGACUGAACUCACCGGUUCGCUUCGGCGACGAGCGGAAGUAUGGGAACAAUCACAACCAUCAUCAUCACCAUCAUCAUCACCAUCAUGGGCACGCUGGUGGUGCGGGCCCCCACAGCCAUCACAUCGAGGUGUACAGCGACGGUACGCCCGGUCUCGAGACUAGCAAGCUGGAAGAGGAGAUCUCCGAGGAUGAUCGGGGGCCACCGCUACCUCCCCGACCGGCACCCCGCGCACGGACCACCGCCCAGCGGCUUGAAACGGCUUCCUCAACGUCCGGCGUGCGGAAGUACGUCAUCUGGUGUUUGAUAUGUGGCGGCAUCUCCAGCCUGCUCGGGGUGCUCUUUCUCGGCAUCUACUUCCUGCUGCGAUCAUACACCAGCACGGUCGGCUACUUCGAAACGGUGCCAACGUUCGUCCCUGCCACGCUGCUCAUGCUGACGGGUAUCUGCAUUAUGAGCCUGGCAAGACGCCGCAACCGGUACAGUUACUUGAUCAAACUGUCCGGUGCGUGUGGGCUAGCGUCGGCUCUAACCUGCGCCCUGGUGACGGUCACCACGACCGUCCUGCACAUGAGCCGGCUGCAGGUGUUGCGCGAGUGCGAGUACACGCAGAAGACGCGCACCUGCACCUGCUACUCGGUGACGGCCGACAAGCAGACGGAGUCGGGCGUGGACGAUAGCGUCCGGUUCGUGUUCGACUCGACCUCCGACUGUGGCGUCGUGCAUGGGGCACUGUACUCUUGCUUGCGGGCCGUCUUUGGCCUGUCGGUGGCGGGUGUGUUGGUGGCCGUGUUUAGCUGCAUGCUCGUGUACCAGCUGCUGAGCCAUGAGCGGAAAAAGAUGUACUGGGAGCAGCUGGAGUUGCGAUGUCGCUCGCUGUACUCGGGCCAGCCGGGUGGUCCUCCCGGGUCGGUGCUACCGGCCGGUCCGGCCAUGCUUGGUGGGGUCGGUGGUGGUGCUGGCCCAGGGCUUGGAGGAGGUGCAGGACGGGCGGGCAAUUGUCGGUGCUGUGAGCAGUGCCAUGCGCAUCGGAGCGUACUGCCACCGUCAGCGUACCCGUGGGAAGGGGACGGUCGCUUCUGGACGCCGGGUCAGGCGGGCAACUUUUACUCGCCCAACCCGGGCGGGGAGGAACCGGGUGUCGGGGGUCGAUUGAAUGCGUCGAGCGGACGGCGUAUGCCGGGCUGGAGCUGGCCCCGCAUGCCCUGGCAGCGGAACGAUACCGCGCAACGGUUGUCCCCGCACAGUCCCGACUCGCAGUACGGGUUUUCGAAUCGGGCGGGAGUGACGGGGCCGAUGCUACCGGCCGGCGGUACCCUGCUCGGCGAUCCGGGACAGCCGCGGUACAACGUGAUCGAUCAGCAGUACGGGAUUUGGGGCCCACCGCCACCGUACAGCGACCCGAACAGUCCGGCCCGGCGUGGUCGCUAUCAGUACAUCCAUCCGGUGCAGUGUGGCCCGCCGCUGCUAGAUCCGACCAGUGGGGGUGGUGGCAUGGCAGGUUCACCGCUUAUGCAACCGGGUGCCGCUGGACCAGGGAUUGCCAUGCUGGAGUGCCAUCAGCACGCGGUGAUGGGCGUGGACGUGCACGGCAUCCCGCAGCAGUACGUCGGUGGAGGACCAGCGGCACUGAACGGCCCGAACCAGCAGCCACUCCCUUCCAACUAUGGCCGGGGUGGUGGUGGUGGUGGUGGCGGUACUGGAGGAGCCUCUUCCAGUGGCAGCAAUCUCGGUGGCAGCAAACGGCUGCAACAGCAGACGACGACCAGCUACUGCAAACCACAGUCGAAGGAAGCGUACGAAAACACACCCUCCGAUAGUGACGGCCCAGGGCGGGAUCGGUUUUCCAACACACUGCCCGCACGCAAGGCGAAGAAACGGGUAGAGGCGGGCGCCAAGAGUAUCGGACCGGCCAACAACAGCAACGGUCAGUCGACGGGUGGAGGGGGCGGUGGUGGCCGGGUUAAUGUACAAAACGUGUUCGGUGCAAACGGUGGCCCCGGUUCGCUCGAAACGUCCGAGAACGAGUACAACGAACCGAACCUACCUCCCGCCACCGGAGGAGGAGCAGGUGUGGAUGAGCCGGCACGAGGCUCUCCAUCGCACGGGCUAGUGCACGUUGCCCCUCACGUCUCUCAGCCACCGCGCAACCGGCGCCCAAAACUCCCCAACGCGGUCGGCAUCGAGAACGGCGCCUUCCAGACGGUGGAAACGCUCGAGGCUGAGGCGGCUGGUGGCAAGCUGCUCGAGCCGACCGAGUCCGAGGUGUACUUUGCGGACGUGAGCAGCUGCUGCAACAUGUCGGUCAAGAACGACAACUACUACGAAGAUGCCAACCAAAGACGCAAAAAGGAGAAACAGCAGCAGCAGCAGCAGCAAGACCAAGCGGACGAGUACAUCGCCCAGCGGUUUGGGAAGCGUGAGGCAUCGGUCCGGAGCCGGCAACCGUUCCCCCAGUCGGCGGUGCAUGGCGGUGGGCUGGGUGAGAAGCCCGUCAUGCCGCGAUCGUCCCUGCUGCCGAAGGACCACUCCCGCCAGAGCAUGUGCUCGAUGGAUUCGGGCGAGCGGACGGACUACACCGAUCUGUCCCCGGCCACACCCAGUACAAACUUCCCAUCGAUCGGUGGUGGUCCGGCUGGUGGGAAAUCGCACCAGCAGCAACAGCAACCGCAGCAAACCUCAGCGACCGAUGGCAACUUUAUCGCCUCCUACCCGUACUCGUCGAACGAGCAGAGCCAGGAGGCGCACCGGCGGUCGACGAAAAACCUGCACGACAUCUUCCUGGCGCCCGACUCGCAGUACGAGGUAAUGAAGGAAUUGCAUAGGUUUAAGUCGACACCACUAACGCUAACACCCUUCGAACCGCCGCCGGACGGUGGUCGCUCAUCCACUUCGCUCUGCCAGGACCUGCCGCCGGGACCGUAUGGUGCGGGGACGUCGGCGUCGGCGGCGACGAUGGCGACGACGACGACGACGACGCCGGCCAGCAGCCAUUCGACGAAGCCGAAAUCGCCCAAGAAUCUCAACAUCACGCCAAUCAAGCGGCAGAGCCUGGGCACGAACAUCAGCUCGAUCAUCCAGAACCUGAGCGGCAGCGACGUGGGGCUGCUGUAUCCGGAGGGACGGACCCAUGGGGCGUACCAUACCGGGGGCGGUGGUAUCGGCUCGUCGGACGGUUCGUCCUCCAACGGGGAGGGCACGAUCGCGGUGACGGUGACGGGCAGUCGUCGGACGGUGCCGACGGACGUGAAUGAUAGCAUUAGCAGCAACGAGGACAAUGAGGAUCAUCCAUCGAGUGAGGGUGAGCGGAGACGGGCGGCCAAUGAUCGGCGGUUGUGAGACGAAGUGUACGUGUGAGCAUCGCUCACCGGCCCGGCUAUCCUGCAGCUCGUGUAGAUGUGGUCCUCCAAGGUCCAGGGAGGUUCAUGAAUGAUGAAGCUUGUUUAAGAGUAGGAUUCUUUAUGCGGCUAUGACAGAGAAGUGGCUAUUCCAAGAUUCGGUGCGAUGCAAGCAUUCAGCUCAACAAACCCAACAGAGGCCCCUACUGCAUCAAGGAAUUGUUGAUUUAUGUUAGCAACUUUAAAGGCCAAGUGUACGCCCUCCAGCAGCAUGCAUCUACUUGACAACCUAUCCAUCCGGAACGAUCGCGUCCAUCAGAUCUAGGCAACGUGGGGGUUCUUUCCUCCAAAGUCCAGCCUGUUAAUCGUCGUUAAUCCCAAUCCCCAGUUAGGAGUUGUUAGGAACUCUUUUUUUUGUUGGCACCUAAAGGCAAAAUUAGGCCAGAGGAUGUGAUCGUCCGCGUACAUGAUCUCCCCCGAUCAUCAGUGUUUUUUUGUUUUGUUGUUUGCAGCAGCUUUAAUACGUUCGCGUCUCGUUUAGAGCCACCAAACUAGCAAAUUAGGCUACAAAUAUUCAAAAUACUCCAAAUAUUUCGUUCAUACCCCUACGUCGGUAUAGAUAUUUAGUGUAAAUAGAUGUACGCUCCUCACUCAUUAGUAGACAGGAAGAAAACCCUCGUUACAUACACACUUAACAGCAUCCCGAUGCUGACAUUGCUGUUAACUAGGUAAAGCUUUAUGCAAUUUAAUGUUUGUAGGAAUUUCGUUUACACUCUGUCUUUACACUUCACGCGGGGUUGGUGGACUCCCCGCCGGCAUCACCCACAAUGAUCGUGUGUUCCCCUUCCCGUAGAACCUUAAAACAGUGUAGUUAAGUUAUCCUUAGUGGCGUUAGAGGAACAAAAUGCACACACACACACAAAUAUACUAAAGUCGGUCGGUCAGUGUGGGAAAGAAUGGUAAUAGAAGAAAAAAAAAAGAACAAAUCGCUCAAAUAAUAGUUUAAUAGUUUAGCGCGUUUCCAUCAGAGGGAGCCACACACACAACAGAUCUGUUGCCAUGUACAAACGAAUCCGCACUACUAAUACAACAACAACAACUACUACUACUACUGCGACUACUGGACCGUAUGGAGACUAUUUGCUACUAGGUGUACUAUAAAGAUCGCCGGUGGGAUUGAGUUCGCACCCGAAAGUGUCACUUCCGACGGUUUCUAGUUCUGUAGCGAGGUAAUAUUCUAACGUUUGCCAAUCGACUCUUCACCGCAGAGAGCAGCAAGCAACAGACAAAAAUACGUGUAAAAUGUGUAUGUGUGUGUUUGUAUGUGGUGCACCAGAUGCGAACAAUCGCACGAACAAAGCAAAACGCGAAAUAAAUAUUAUGUAUUCAUUUGUUAGAAAAGAAA